CCCCCUCUCCCCAGGUUCGUGAGUGGAGCCCAGCCUUAUAUGGACUGAUCGCUCGGGCAAUGGCCCAUUUUUUCCUCGCCACCAGCCGCCACCGCGCGCCGAGCGGCCGCCGGAGCUGACGCCGCCUUGGCACCUCUCCUGGAGUUACAAACUCGGGCCCGGCCCGCGGCGCUGGCGCGCAGGCCGCCCGGCACCCCGCGUCCAUUUCCGCGUGCCUGUAGAGAAGACACUGGCUACGCCUGGGGCUUUUUUUCCCCCCUCUCCCCUCUCCGAGAGUUUCUUUCUCUUUCUUAAACAUAAUAAUCUCUCUAAUUAAAGCCCAUCCCCCCUCCCCUCCCCCAACCCCUCUCCCCAUACCCCCUCCCCCGCCCCUACUGGGAGCGCCACGGAUUGAUCAAGUGAAGCUACAACUUUGCGGCAUAAAUUGCGGGGUCCGGGCCAUGUCGCUGACCAACACAAAGACGGGGUUUUCGGUCAAGGACAUCUUGGACCUGCCGGACACCAACGAUGAGGAGGGCUCGGUGGCCGAAGGGCCGGAGGAGGAGAACGAGGGGCCGGAGCCCGCCAAGAGGGCCGGGCCGCUGGGGCAGGGCGCCCUGGACACAGUGCAGAGCCUGCCCCUGAAGAACCCCUUCUACGACAGCAGCGACAACCCGUACACGCGCUGGCUGGCCAGCACCGAGGGCCUUCAGUACUCGCUGCACGGGCUGGCGGCCGGCGCGGCGCCCCAAGACUCGAGUUCCAAGUCCCCGGAGCCAUCGGCCGACGAGUCACCGGACAAUGACAAGGAGACCCCCGGCGGCGGGGGAGACGCUGGCAAGAAGCGGAAGCGGCGGGUGCUCUUCUCCAAAGCGCAGACCUACGAGCUGGAGCGGCGCUUCCGGCAGCAGCGGUACCUGUCCGCGCCCGAGCGCGAGCACCUGGCCAGCCUUAUCCGCCUGACGCCCACGCAGGUGAAGAUCUGGUUCCAGAACCACCGCUACAAGAUGAAGCGCGCCCGGGCCGAGAAAGGUAUGGAGGUGACGCCCCUGCCCUCACCGCGCCGGGUGGCCGUGCCCGUUUUGGUCAGGGACGGCAAGCCGUGCCACGCGCUCAAAGCCCAGGACCUGGCAGCAGCCACCUUCCAGGCGGGCAUCCCCUUUUCGGCCUACAGCGCGCAGUCUCUGCAACACAUGCAGUACAACGCCCAGUACAGCUCGGCCGGCGCCCCCCAGUACCCGACAGCACACCCCCUGGUCCAGGCCCAGCAGUGGACUUGGUGAGCGCCCGCCCCUCCCAGACUCGAGGCCCCAGGCCCAGGCCCUACCCCGGCGGCGGAGGCGCGGAGGACUCUCGGCCCGUACGGUGGUUAUUAUAUUAUUAUAAUAAUUAUGGAGUCGAGUUGACUCUCGGCUUCUUCGGAGAGGCGCCAAGAGUUGGCCUGCACCUCCUUGGAGAGGCAGUUCCACCCACCCAGCUCCGCCUCAUCCUUCACUCCGUUUGAACCAUUGGAGAUGGCUGAACCCUAAGCCGUGUUUACAGAAUGUUUGCGCAGCUUCGCUUCUCUGCUUCUCCCCGGGGACCUAAUGGUCCCAACGUUAACUUACUCACUCGAGAAGGAGAAAAAGAACCCCCCCCCCCCGCGCUCUGCUUUUGUGAAUUUUGUAAAAUACGUUUGUGUGAGUAGCGAUAUUGUCAGCGUCUUCUUCUAAAGCAAGUGGAAAACACUUUAAAAAUAUAGAGGAUUUUUUCUCUUUUUUUUAUAAGAAAAUGCUAAAUAUUUAUGGCCAUGUAAACGUUCUGACAACUGGUGGCAGAUUUCGCUUUUCGUUGUAAAUAUCAGUGGUGAUUGUUGCCAAAAUAACCUUCAGGAAGGGCCCGUACCCCUCCGGGCCCAACUCCUUUCUUUGUGGUUUGUUUUGGUUUGCUUAUGUUUGGUUACUCCUGCUUUCUUUUCUUUAUAUAUUUUUAAAUUCUGUUCAGUGCAAACAUUUCUCAAAUAUGACAAAAGGAAAACAUAAUGUGGGCGAGCGAGAAGCACCCCUGCCCAGUCCUCCGGGGCCUGAGCCCCGGAAUUUGGAGUUCAGCGGUUCCGUGCGGUUCCCCAAGAGCGCCGGGCGCUGAAAGCUUUCAAUUUUUUAAAAUAAGAAUUUUAAUAAAAAUCCUGUGUUUAAAAAA